AUGUUUGGCCAGUCCAAGAGCUCUGCACUGCGCAAUGCACGCAUCGAGUCGAGCGACAUUGUGAGGGGCAGAAACACCACCAUCUGGCUGUUUAUCGAGAUCGUCACGCGCAUUGAACCGGAGGGAUCCCUGGAGGUGAUUUGGCCGUACCACCACAUGGAUAUCUUCAGCUAUCCUGAGUGGCUGGAGAACGUGCGGUAUAGCCAUGUCAGGGCAGCUACAGAGCUGGGUUCGAAGCCCGCCCCAUCUUCUCUCCGACUCCGGUACAUUGCCUUCAUUUCGGCCCUAGAGAAGCUUGGGGAUUGGCUGACCCCACCCUUGGGCGAGCUGCGGUUGGAGUUCCGAGCAAACACCUCAGGCUUUGACCCUGGACUCUACAUUUUUGAGAUCAACGCCACCAAUCCUCCGAUGGCGGCGGCGAAUCCAGCGGUCGCUUCUUCACCAUGCAAAUUCAAGGGGUGCAUUUCUUGGUACAGCAAGUCGGAGCUUUUCAAUCCAGUCCUCUACAACCCGCUGACAGGCGUUUGGACUCAUGACGACCAGCCGGUGAACAUGUGGCAGAAGCAGUAUGACUAUCGAACCUCGGUGAAGGCUCACCAGAUCGCCAACCCCAUGGCCAUCGCUGCAGUGGUCAACCUCACGUUGGAUGAACGUUUGGCCUGUGGCCGGGACGACCGGCCUCUCCGCCGGAGUGCGGUUGUGAUUGGCUUUGCGCUGGACCAGUAUGUAUCCAGAUCUGAGGAAGUGUUGGAGAUUCGGGCACCCAUUGGUUGGCUCUUCGACUCGGACUGCCAAGUUAAAACAGAUCCGCAGGAGGUGUAUCCGCCACCUGCAGAGAGGCCAGCUGUGAUAUCCUUGCUGAACAACACGCCUGAGCUGACAGUGCAUGACUGGCCGGCAUCAGCACGCAUCAUCACUUGCCGCGGAGACUCGCACAUAGCCUAUGUGCGGAUUGGACCAGGACUUGAUCGCAGAAGGGUGUACCUGUUCCGGAUUGAGAUCAAACAGAAUCCUGCGAAUACACCCAUUGCCAACACUUGGUCCUUGACCAUGGGCACCGAAUCCUCGGGAGCGAUGGAGGGUUUUCCUGUCUGGACAUUUCCCGGCACUCGCAUUGAACCCGUGCUGCUGGCUUGGACCAACAAGUCCAAUCCAGUGUCCAUGCCUGUGGCCAUCUUCUUUGAGACAACCAACUGGCUCUUCUAUUUUGAGCCACCCAUGACGCCGCUCAGCAAGCUGGCGCCCAUCCUUCGGAUUGUGAUGCCUGCACAGUAUGAGUUUCUGAUUGAAGCCACAGAUCAAGAUAUGCAAGGUGAGCGCUGCUACAUGAGUAUGCAACAAGAAGGCAGUUGCCGGCUUUGUGGCGUUCCAUUCCAGCCGUCAGAAGCAUGGUGCGUGCGCGAAUGGAACCGGAAGAAUGCUGCAGAGAUCCACUUCCAUUCGUCCAAGAUCCUUGAACCACAGUUUCAGUACAGUGUUUGGGUGGUGGUCACAAACCCACACUCGCCUGAUGCGAUCGAUGGGCCGAAAAGCACUUGGCUGAUGGAGACCUUCUUCGGCGAGCCAGUGCCUCCGGCCAUGGCGCCCUACGGCUAUUGGCUGGAUUAUGUGGUGGCACCAGGCUAUCGUGUGUCCGGGCUUGCUGAGCUUACUGUAGAAACGCCAGAGGCGCGUGAUGGAGGAAGCUUUGUCGACUGGGUCACCUUCACGGUAUCAUUUCCUGAUCUACUCCUACCAGGGGAUGUGAUCGAGAUCAGAGCACCACCAGGAUAUGAGAUGUCAUAUUUGCAGCCAGGCUUUGAGUUGGUGAUUCUAUGCUACGGUUUCCGCUGGAUCCCCACCAUUUGGCCAGAUCCGUUGCCUCCGGAUGUGGAUCCAGAGACAAUCCCCACGCACCUGCUGCCUAUCCGGCCGCCUGAACGUCCACCAAUUCCGGAGGGUGUCCCGACUUGGGCGAGUGGCAAUUCCGUGCUUGAGAUUCAGCCAACCGAGCUCUCAGAUGACUUGCAAUGGGCUGCAGAUGGCGCCUGGGUCAUGAGGAUGCCGAUUAACUUCACUGCUGCCAUCCUGAACGACUAUGCGACCUUUCUUGUGCUUAUUGAGGGCAAUGACAGCAACUACAGUAAUCUGUCAGCCAGUGACUACAAAACACCCAAUGCGAUCGAGUUGAUGCAGAGGAUCGGGCUGCCAGAUUGGGCGGUACCAGCAGCAGCACGAUCACAGUUGGAUACCAUGGGAAAUGAGACGGUGAAUGCCUCCACGGAGUAUUUGGUUCUUCGAAGCCAUUGCCUUGACCGCUUCGCACAAGACGCAGGUGGAAACUUCUUGAACGAUGACUUCAACUGGUCGAAGGUGCCUGCCAAUGCAGAGUUCCAGGUGUUCUACGAUGUGCAUUCCUGGAUCUUCCACAAUGGAACGGUGGUGUCACCUGCUGAUAGCUUCAAUCUCAGCAGUUACAUGCAGAGCCUCAAUAUGACCUACAAUGCAAGCAACGUGACCAACCUCACUGGAUUGGUCACAGUGGAUGAGGUUCACCUCUGCUUCCGCGCGCUAUUCCAAGCUUCCCGCUCGGAGAUCGAUGGCCCAGCAGCAGAAGCCUUCUGCUUGCAAAACUGCAGCAACACCAACCUCACCAUCUCACAGACGGAUUGUAUCCUCCAAUGCCUCUUCACACCUUUAGCUCGAAACCAGACGCGGUGUGAUGCCAUUCCAGUCGGCGGCUUGCCGGACGGUGCGGAGAAUGUGGCGCAGCAAAUGCUGGCGCCGCCAGCUUGUGCAGCAGAUGUAGCGACGUAUCUUGACCUCAUGGCUCAAGGCCUCAUUCAAACUGCAGAGACCAACGCUUCGAACCGCAGCAACUCGACCAACAGCAGUGGAGGUCUCAACAUGACCAUGCCGGAUUGCAAGUGUGGCCUGCCUACCGACACUCUCGUUGCGGUGGCCUGGAGGUCAAAGGUGAAUCUCACCAAGGAGGUCGAAGACUACCGGUUGGAGUAUGAGGCAGCGGUUCGACUCCGAAGCUUGGACCAAUCGCCGCUGCAAACCCCCGCCGUGUGCGAGGGCAACAAGGUCAUCCUUAACAUCAAAGAAGAGCACAUGCAUCCCGAUCCUCAGUUCGUGAACUCCUCCGUGACCUUCCGCUUCCAGAUGCGUUUUACCAACCCUCGUCGGCCACCACUGGACUAUGAGAACAACUGGAUCAUGUUGCAUAGUCGAACCGUCAGCAUGGACUCCGAUUCAGAUGCGAUCCUUUCCUCUGAUGCCGUGCAGAGUUGGAAUGUGCGAAGCAAGCUGCGAUACAUCACCAUCAAUCGGCUCACCGAGGUGCUACGGCCAGAAGAUGAGGCUAUCAUCCACUUCGAGUUUGUGACGGUCAAUCCGGCGGACCAAUUGGUGAUCUAUGCCAUGAGCCCUGAGGGUUUCGACUUCACCACGGUUUUCUUGGAGUCUCCGGCAGAUGGCACAGACUCGGGAAACAAGCCUCCGAAUGUGGGUCGACGCCUGCUUUGGAAGGGAUUCACUGGUGGCAUCGUGGUCCAGGAUGGAUACAGGAAUGAGUGCACCCUCAGGGUCAGCUUUGACAAGAAUGAGUACGUGCGUUUCCAGCUGGGCGGCAUUCGGAUUCCCUGGAUCGGUGGCCAGGCGCUCUUCACCAUGCACACCAGUGUCAGAGGCUUUCGCCAGGAUGAGAUAGAGAUGUGUUGCUAUGAAGGGCAGCCAGUGGAAAAUCCGGCUGUGGUGUUCAAGGUGCCAUUUCGAUUGCAGGGCCUGAGGGCUGUACUCCAGAGCGAAUGGGAUCAAGAGGCUUUCAACUUUCCCAUUGCCUCGAGCAUGAAGACAAGGUUGGACGAACAGCAUCUCGUCACCUUCACCUUCCAGCUCGCAGCUCCCAUCGAGCUAGCCCCGCCAGCCCGACGACUGGUCUUUGUCGUCCGGGCACCGGUCGGCUACUUUAUCUUGCUCUCCGACGACUUGAUGGAUGUGAGGGACAGUUCGUUUCUGGUCGAGGACGCGACUGUGCAAAAUGGGGAAGGUCUCCGUAUGCGAUCUUUGCCUUUCAAUUUGGACUUCGAAGAGAGCACCGGCGGAAUGAUUCAACUUGUUCUACCUGGGCUGCAGAAGAUGCCCACUGAGCGGGAAUACAGAAUUCUCUUUGAGGCAUUCACUCCUAGGCGACAUGCAUUGCGGGUGCCUAACGACCUGUGGGUGGUGGAAAUCACCGAUGACUACAAGCUGGCACAAGUUCAGGUCUCUGAGCAGAAAGGCUCCCUAGAUGACUUUGAAUUGCUCAGCAAGGUCAACUUCACCGCGACCACAGCACACGCCCCACCCGAAGUGGUCAUCACAUUGGAGGUGAUCCUCUACGACCUGGGGGAGGAGUCUGAGUACCCAAAUCGUGUGGAUGUGUAUGCUCCAUCAGGCUACAAAUUCCUACUGAGCUGCUUUGCGCCGGGAGAGCGAGAGCGCCUGAAGAACAACCUGGUGUCUUGCCGGGAACGAUGGACGCUCUUCAAUGGGAACUACUUGAGCGGUGCCAUUCUGAUGGCCGCCGACAAUGGAGUGCUUCCACGGGACAUGCCACUGACGAUUAAGCUCCUGUGCAGUACACCGCCGCUCACACCAGAAAGGAAUUACUUCUUUGUGGUGACGAAGCAGCGGGAAGGGGAUGCUGGCUGGGGCAUGACCACCAAGAGCUUUGACAUCACUCCAAUGCCAGUAACCAUCCGCUACACCGGUGUGGCUGGCGCUGAGGUGCCAAUGUUCAUGGCCUUGCAGAUUCGAUUUCCUCUGCCAUGGGGUGGAAAGGUGCACAUCACUGCGCCACUGGAGUACCAAAUCCUUUGCCCCAUUUCCAAGGUUUUGCUUGCGCCGGACAACUUCCGGUUGCCCAACUGCACCCACGAGGAUCCUAUCCUCAAUGGAUGCUUUGGGCUUCCCCUGGUCGGAGAUCCAAAUGCCGUUCUUGAUCCCUUGCUGCCGAUUUGCGAUCCUUGGCAUGAAGUCUUGCUGGACUUCGAGCUGCCUUGGUGGAGCCAGCUGGAUCCAGAGGAAAAUGAAAAUUUGCCGCCGAUCCCCACGGUGGCUUUGCAGGCGAAUACGGAGCUGCUGUGGUCAAUCACAGUGAAGGUGCCAUUUAACACUCCGAAGAUACGGAGCAACAAUGUAUUCCGGGUACGCGUGAUGGAUGCCAACAAAGUCGCGACUGAUGGGAACUUAUGGCUUCCUGGGGAAGAGGUUCGCACAAUCCCACGUGUCCAAGACUUCAAGAUUUGGUUCACAACGCCGGUGCCUGCCUCGAUGAUGUCAGUGGCGAUUCAUUUCUCUUUCAACCAGACUCUGCCGCGUGGCGAAGAGGGCAGCACGCCCUUGCGAGUCAUUGAAAUCAUGGCGCCGGAAGGGAUCGAGCUGAAAGUCCGUCGACCCAAAGAUGUGCAAAGACUGAAGAGAGAUGACUAUGUGCCCGUGACGGAAUGGAACUGGACAGACAUUUUGCCUCGCCAGCUUUGGUUUGGCCUUGAUAUGACCAAGAAUGUGACGGGCACCUUCCACUACUCUUUCCCGGCCUUGACGCCAUCGGAAGAGCAAGGCAUGCCCUACGACAACCUUUGGCAGGUGAAACUUUGUUCAGAUUCACCCAUGUGCUCGAGCCAACUGCUGUCCAUUCCCAUCCCUGGCUUCUUCUUUGGCGAGGAACCUGCAGAAGAUCUUUCGGAGGAAGCACAGGAAAUGUUGACUGGUGGCUGGGCAAUUCGCUCGACUCUGCCGUUCUGGCUGUUGCACUGCCUAUGUUGGGUUGUGGCAAUCAAUGCCGUGGACAGCUGA